AUGUAUAGACAAAUACCUUUAUCUGUUGCGUUCAGUAGUGAAAACCCUGACGUCAAAAUAAAGGGGAACAGAGUAACGUUUAAGUUUCCAACAGACUGGAUUGUGAACAUAAAUGAAGAGAAGUACAUUGGCAUAACAUCUAUGUAUAUAACACGUGCUUUCAGAAAGGUUGACUUUAUACUUCAAGUCGAGAUAGAAAAUGACGAACAGUCUUUAAGCGCCCAAAACAUUCACAUAUACAAAUACUUUAAAGACGAUACAACAUUGUUGCAAUGUAUGAUUUCAUUUAAUGAGAUGUUCGAGAAAAAGUUCAACAUUGAAGUACAAACUUUACAGCCUUUACGUGAGUUUCUUGCACAACUGAAAGAAGAAGGUAGUCAGCCACAACUUAUAGACUUUCAUUAUGAAUUUAAUGAAAAUGAAGAUGGAACACAUGACUGUCAGUUUGUUAUAUAUUCACCAUUCAAUGAAGUCGCUAAAGAGAAAAAAAAUCCAUUACGUAUAAGAUUUCAAAUCUCCGAACCAAGUGAUGAUUUUAAGAAUGUUUUCAAUUAUGAUGCAAUGCUUCCGAGGAAAAAUGAAUUUUCAAAGAUUGUAACACCUGGCAUUUGGGAUAGAAAGCAAGCAAUACUUUACUCUAAUAUAGCCAAAGGCGUUGA